UAUUCAAUGGGGAAAAGCAGUAGUUAAUGAACACAGCUUUGAUAUUUGACGUCUAGAGUUCAAUCAUCGACAAAUACCUACCUAUAAACAGAAUAAAACAUCAAAAACUGAAUUUAAUUCAGAUUACAAAAAAUAAAUGUAAAGUUGAGAGAUUUUUUACUAAUCAGCGAUCGUAAUUUGUCAGCUAUUAGUGAGCGACAAGGCGAAACUGACAGUGUGUUGGGUAUUGCCACUUUGACAGAUCAGAACGCAAGUUGAAUAAUCGGCGUUGUUAUUUCUUGACGGUCCAUUAAAUCAUCGUUUGCGUUAUGAAGCAGCAAAACGUUGACACAAAAACAAACCUACCUGAUACCGGGGAAGCGGACGAGUGUCUAUUCGAAUAUUUGCAUGCCGAAAUGGUGAAUUACGUUCUGAGUUCAAAAACAAACGGCAAGGAGGGCGAAGAAGAGCUUUCGCCUUUGGAGUGGAUGGGAUUCGGUGUUGGAUAUCGCAUCAUGGAACGGUUAACUAGGGAAUGGGCGCGUUUCAAGGAUGAGUUGGACACAAUUAAGUUCAUAUGCAUGGAUCUCUGGUCAAGUUUGUACCGCAAGCAGAUCGAUAAUUUGCGAACGAAUCAUCAGGGAGUAUAUGUACUGCAUGACAAUGCAUUCCGUUUAUUAACCAACAUCGGUGCUCCUGAUAGCACGCAGUACUUACGCGAGGCUCCACGACUCUUAGCUUUUACCUGCGGUCUACUUCGUGGUAGCCUUGCAAAUCUUGGAAUAGUUAGUACGGUCACAGCAGAAAUAGCUACAUUACCGAGUUGCAAAUUUCAUGUACAGGUACAGAGAGUUUAGAAUAAUGUAAAUAAUUAUAUAAGUAUGUAAAUUUAAUAACUUUAUUGAAAAUGUAUAAACACUAUAUUAUUUGUGUAAAUGACUGUGAUUAUGCAUUAAUCGACUUAAUAGACGUAGUGCAACAAAUACUGCAGGACAAUACACAUAAUUUCGGUAAAAGACAUCGAUAUGUGCAUGUGUGUAAUGUUUCCAUCUACUCCAGGUCACACAUAAAUCAUGCGAUCGUAAUAU